AUGCACCACUCGAUGCAUUUCAAUGACGAAUCUAUUGUUGAUCUAAGGUCAAACCGCUUUGAGGGACCUCUACCACGCUGGCCUUCCAAUGUCACUCAACUUUAUCUGGGGGAUAACAUGUUCUUCGGACCAAUUCCUCAAGGCAUUGGCGAAGAAAUGCCAUUAUUGAAUAGUUUGGACAUCUCUUUCAACUAUCUAAAUGGUAGCAUCCCCUUAUCCUUAGGCAAUCUGCAAAGCGUAAGCAACCUAGCCAUCUCAAAUAAUCAUAUGUCUGGAGUAAUUCCUGGCAUUUGGAACAGUUUAAAAGCUCUCCAGUACCUGGAUAUCUCGAACAACAUUCUUUCUGGUAAGAUCCCAAGCUCAAUUGGCUCUCUAGAAUAUGUCAGUUUUUUGUUUCUGGGUAGGAACGAGUUUUCUGGUCAAGUCCUUUCUAGCUUGCAAAACUGCAUAAGUAUGGCUAUUCUCGAUAUGGGUGACAAUCGACUCUCUGGAAAUCUUCCAUCUUGGAUCGAAGAAGCCAUGCCGUCUUUAUUGAUUUUUCGUGAGGGGAACAAUUCCUUUACAGGACACAUUCCUUGGCAGUUAUGUCGUCUCUCUUCUCUUCACAUAUUGGAUCUUUCAAACAACAAUCUUAGUGGGAUAAUCCCUUGUUUAGGGAAUUUGAGUGGCUUUAACACUGAUGAUCAGGAUUUUUGGUUUAAAAUAUAUGAUUAUGAACGGAGCCUAUAG